UGGUGGGCCGCAUGUCGCGACAAAGGUCCUUGUGCGGGUUGUUUAUCGAUAAUAAGAUAAGAUAAACCCCACCUUCGAAUAUUUUUUUUUCCCAUUGCGCGCUUCACACACAUUGUCGGUGGGAGCAAAUGGAGAGACGAUUCCCUUCACCGGAUCCGACUCUCUGAAAAGUUUUGGGAUCUGUUUUUGACGAUUACAUACGCACUCUCUUUCUUUUUUGGAAAUUCUACAAGGACCAGGUCCUUCUACGUAUUAGCAAUAAACAUACCCGAUCACCAGCGACAUAACUCUUUGAAGCGACCUUCAAGAUGUCCAUGAUCACCACAUCCACCUGGGUGCCUCGAGGCUUCGCGGCGCCCUUCCCCUCGAAAUACACAUUCGACGAGAGCGAGUACGAGCGCAUAGCUGAGCUCGCCAAGUUGCAGCUGGACGACGCCGAGGAGGACCUGCAGGAGGCGCAGGAUGCGGAGGACGGUGUCGCAGCCAAGAUCACCGACGAUGCGGCCGACACGAAGGGGUCGAAGACGGAAACUGUCAACCUUGACGACGAGGACCUGAAGGAGUACGACCUGGAGCACUAUGACGACAGCGACGAGGACGAGGAAAAGGUCGGCCAGGGCGAGGGAAUGGCCAUGUUCGGCAACAUCAAGUCGCUGGCCUACUACGAAUCGAACAAGGACGACCCGUACAUCACGCUCCAUGGCAACGGCGGGCCGGACGAUGACGACGACGAGGACCGCGAAGACCUGCAGAUCCUCGCGACCGACAACCUCUUGCUCGCCGCAAAGGUCGAGGACGAGAUGGCCCACCUCGAGGUCUACGUCUACGAGGACUCGGCCGACAACCUCUACGUCCACCAUGAUAUCAUGCUCCCCGCGAUACCCCUCUGCGUCGAGUGGCUCGACAUCCCCGUGCAAAAGGCCGGCGUCGACAAGGACUCGACGGCCAACUUCGUCGCCAUCGGCACCAUGGACCCUGAUAUUGAGGUCUGGGACCUCGACACCAUCGACAGCCUGUACCCCAACGCCAUCCUGGGCCAGGCCGGCGAGGGCGCCGAGGACAAGAAGAAGAGGAAGAAGAAGAAGGCCAAGAAGGCCAACGACGAGUAUCACGUCGACGCAGUCCUCGCCCUCGCAGCCAACAGGAAACACAGAAACCUCCUGGCUUCUGCCUCCGCCGACAAGACAGUCAAGUUGUGGGACCUGCACACGGCCAAGUGUGCCAAGUCGUACUCCUACCACACGGACAAGGUGUGCUCUCUCGCAUGGCACUCGGUUGAGACCACCGUGCUGCUGAGCGGCAGUUACGACAGAACGGUCGUCGCCGCUGACAUGAGAGCCCCUGAGGCGAAGGCGCCCAGAUGGGGUGUCGAGAGCGACGUGGAGAACAUCCGGUGGGACCCCCACGACCCCAACUACUUUUACGUGUCCACGGAGAACGGAAUCAUCCAUUUCCACGACGUCCGUAAUGCGCCGGCAACUCCCGAGGCGACCAAGGCGGUGUGGACGCUGCAGGCGCACGACGAGUCCGUCUCCUCGUUUGACAUCAACCCUGUCGUACCCGGCUUCCUGGCCACCGGGUCGACCGACAAGACGGUUAAGUUGUGGAACAUCCAGGCCAGCGGCCCAUCCAUGGUGAUUUCCCGCAACCUGGACGUCGGCAAGGUUUUCUCGACGCAGUUCGCACCCGAUCCCGAGGUCGCGUUUAGACUCGCCGUUGCCGGCAGCCGUGGAACCAUGCACGUUUGGGACACGAGCACCAACGCCGCGGUUCGACAUGCAUUUGCCGAGCGCGUCCCGCAGAAGCCGGAAGGUGUUGAGGAGGACCGCCUCGUCGGCGUCCUGGAUGAUGACAGCAGCUCCAGCGAGGACGAGGGCGAGGAGGGCGAGAAGGAUGGUGAUGAAUCGAUGGACGAGGACGAGGACUAAGGCGAACGAGGGCUAAUCAUAUGGUCCUUCACUUGUGAAAAUAUCAGGGACAUGCCAUCUGGUUGAAGAUCUUCAGGGGGACAUCUUCUUGGUCGGGGAUAGAUGAAUCAAAAAAGGAGGCCGAGUAUCUGCACGGCGCCAGCACAGCCGAGGGUGGAGCCCCAACCACGAGAAUGGUGGUGAGGAUGGUGGUGGGACGGCGCCGUUGAGAGCGGGGAGGAGAGCGGACUAGAGGAAGGGGG